AUGAGAGUUGCAACAACAUUUACAAUUGCGUCAGCACUCAUUUCAAGCGUCUUGGCAGCAACUCCAUCUCCAGAUGAAUUGAAGAUUGGUAUGUCGUAUCCACCGGACAAAAAUUGAAGUUUGUAUCGGCCAAACUAACACGGUCUAGACAUUGUCAAAUCCGUCACCUGCAAAAGAAAAACACAGCGGGGCGACUCAGUCAGUGUUCAUUACAAAGGUACGUUUGAAGAUGGCAAGAAAUUCGACUCUUCCUAUGAUAGAGGCCAGCCUCUAGUUUUCCGCGUGGGCCAAGGACAAGUUAUCCAGUGCUGGGACGAGGGAUUGUUGGACAUGUGCGUUGGGGAGAAGAGGAAGUUGUGGUGCCAUCCCAAUGUUGCUUAUGGCGAGCGUGGCGUUGGGCCUAUUCCGGGCAAUGCCGUGUUGUUGUUUGACACGGAGUUGGUGGGGAUUGCUGGUGUUGAGCCAGAGGCAGAGGCAGAGGCAGGGGCAGAGGCAGAAGCAAAGCCAGAGGCGGAAGAAGCAGUCGCUGCGGAAAAGGAUGAAUUGUGA